AUGGAUUUCAACCGAGCAGCACUGCAAGAAUUCAUCAUCCAGCCGGUCUCACGGGAGAUGGUUGCUCAUCUGGCCCUACAAGCCGCACAGGUCAUCCGCUGUGAAUCCCAUGUGACAACAACAGCAACCACACAGCAUGCUUAUGGGCAACAUACACCUCCUAGCACGCCGCCGAUGGAGGAUGCCGAUCAGCAGUACCCCCGAUUGCCGUCAGUCGAGGCCUUUAUCGCUUCCCUGGUCACUCGCUCCCAGGUUCAGGUGCCGACCUUGAUGACAACCCUAGUUUAUCUCGCUCGCCUGCGUGCCCGUCUUCCCCCGGUCGCCAAGGGCAUGCGCUGCACUGUUCAUCGCAUCUUCCUUGCUUCGCUCAUUAUGGCCGCUAAAAACCUGAACGACUCUAGCCCCAAGAACAAGCACUGGGCCCGCUACACCACCGUCAAGGGCUUUGACGACUUUGGCUUUUCGGUUCCAGAGGUCAACCUUAUGGAGCGACAGCUCUUGUUUCUCCUAGACUGGGAGACCCGCGUCAACGAGGCGGAGCUUUUCAUCCAUUUCGAGCCAUUCCUCGCCCCGAUUCGCUAUCGUCUCCAGGAACGCGAAGCCAAGAUGCACCAGCCCCGCGAGUGGCACCGAUUCCAGGCCUCUGCUGAGCUCCUGGCCUGCCGUCUCCGCCGCCAGAAGCUGGAGGCUCGUCUGGAGGCUCGUCGCCGCCUUCCUCCAAGCCCCCAGUCGUCCGCAUCACUCUCAUCAAUGUCGUCGUCCUCGAGUCUUCAAAGCGACGCUGGUGCUUCCAUGCCUAACACCGACAGAUACCAGCCCUAUACUCCUCGAAGACGACCGUCGAACCGCAGUCGCACAUCCGUGUCUCCUCCCUCAAUUCAGGAAGUCCCCGGCCUCUCUCGGACUGAGACUGUGCCCACACUAUGCUCGCGGUCCUCUAGCGUGGCGCCCAGCACAAGAAGCAACACGCCAGCUAGCCUGCGCCCCUCUAGCUCAUACAACAGCAUGGAGGACGUCCAGGUUGUCGAUAGCCCGGGCCUGAGCAAUGGAUACGUCCACCUUCCCUCAAUGAGGAUCCCCACGGACGUGGCAAAAAACGACGAGCUGCAGCAGCCGAGCAAGAAGAUGCGAAUGAGCGGCCACAGUGGCAGCAGCGGGUUUGUGGCGCGCUUCUUGGCGUCAGCUACGGGCACCUAUAUGGGCCACCGGAUGCGGCCUCGUGUUUAG